AUGGAGCCCACCAUGGAGCUGGCAGAUGAUCCCAGGUUCCCACGCCCGUUGGUGGAGAUGCUGAUCAGGAACUUCAGCGUGCCAGCAGCCUGCUUCUCCCUGCCGCCCACCUCCCGGCAGCAGCUGCAGCAGCUGGACAUGGCCCAACUUGCCAUCCUGGGCCUCGCCACCAUCAUGACACUGCUGUCGGUCGCAAUCUUCAUGGAAGAGGCUUUCUACCUCACCCACAAGAUCCGCUGCCCCAUCAAGAUGAAGACCCUCCGCUGGAGCAGCUCAGCCCCCACAGUUGUGUCUGUGGUCAGCUGCUUUGGGCUGUGGAUCCCACGCUCCAUGAUGGUGGUGGAGAUGGCUACCACGGCGUACUUUGCUGUCUGCUUCUACCUCCUGAUGCUGGUCAUGGUGGAGGGCUUUGGGGGGAAGGAGGCGGUGCUCAGCACCCUGAAGGAUGUGCCCAUGGUGGUCAGCACUGGGCCCUGCUGCUGCUGCUGCCCCUGCCUGCCCCGAAUGACCAUGAGCAAGAGGAAGCUUCAACUGAUGAUGCUGGGGACUUUCCAGUAUGCCUUCUUCAGGGCAGUUGCUGUCUUCCUGGGGCUGGUCCUGGCUGCCGAUGGGAACUACAACCCUGCUGAUAUUUCGGCAGAGAGCGUGGCCCUCUGGAUCAACACUGUGGUCGGCGCCUCCACCCUCUUUGGGCUGUGGGCUCUGGGCAUCCUCUUCCGGCAAGCUCGGCUGCACCUGACUGAGCAGAAUAUCAAGGCCAAGUUCCUCUGUUUCCAGAUACUCCUCGUCCUGACGGCACUGCAGCCAGCCAUCUUCAGCAUCCUGGCCAACAACGGCAGCAUCGCCUGCUCGCCGCCCUUCUCCUCCAAGGCCAGGUCACAGCAGAUGAACAUGCAGCUGCUGAUCCCACAAACCUUUAUCUUGGCUGUGGUGACACGGAUGUACUACCGCAAGCAGGAUGACAAGCCGGGCUACCAGCCUGUCAGCUUCCCACCCGAGGGCACCAAUGUCAAGGCGUGA